CUCUGUACUAGGGUCAGAAAUAGAUAGGAAUAAUCCACGCUGGGCGAUGUCGUGCAUGUCACCCUGACGCCAUUGCCGAUCUCUGUUAUCAAUCAGUCCGUCGAUGCUAUACUCCGUACUACUUAGUAUACAGUUUUCCCCACCAUGCUAUCCGCUGCCACCAGAAGUAUCGCGCUACGAAGACGACGUCUCCCAGUCCUUACCAGACCAUACUGGCUCCCAGCUUGGCCUUUACCCUACUUUGUUUUUGAGAAUGGGGCUUCCUCACAGAAGAGACCUUUCCGGAUCGGACGAUGGGUUCGGUUUGCUUUCCGCGAAGGAGUUUCCCAGCUGGGUUAAGGUGGAGUUCUGGAAUGAAUUACGGAAUAUGGGUGGGUUCAAGGGUUGAAGGGGCUUAUCGAGGGUUGGUGUGGAGGUAGGAGGAGGGAACGAUAAAUCAUGUGUAGAAUGUGAGAUCGAGGUCAGUUGCAUGUGAUGUGUAGGAUGUGACCUGUACAGAGUGUGCUCGGAUGGAGUUUAAGGAGUGGGCAGAGGUGCUGGUUUGGUUUGGAUGGAGGCUUGAUGCCUUAUAAGACGUUCUCUGUUGGG